CUGAAUACGGCCAUCGCUGACGGAGACAGCAUUGAAGUGUACCACAACCUUAUGCAUCCCGCACUUGCUAUGAACUACUCUGGCACGCAGCGCACCUCCUCCAACUACCACCUUCAGACAACGGACAGCUUUGAUGGAUUUGACGCCGCGACGGAGAUACAUAGAGAUCGUCGAUCAGAGUACACCGAUCGUCUGAUUUCGGUAAGUUUUUGUUUCCUCGUAAAAUGCAAUGAAUACCCAUUAGCAUAA